GGCAAUAUACUGCGCACGGCCGGUAUCAACUGCGCAAGCGUAUUGUAUUUUGUGGUCCUGCGAAUGGUAGCCCAGAUUGUUUUGGAACGCCUGAACGGUGUCCACUCUCCUUAUUAGGGUUUUCCGUAACCGUAAUAACCGUUGCUGUUUUGUAACUGAACAAACACCCAUUUUGUAAUUGUGUUUUUAAUACGUUGCAGCCUUGAGAUGAGUAGGCUAGGCUAUGUAAACAUUCAGAACACUAUUGUGUCUUUCCGUCAUUUUUAGCGUUUGCGCUUCGUUUAUGGCUUUCCCUGAGAAAAUAUGGAUUCCGAUAACGAUAAGAGAGAUGGGAGGCCAGAGAUCGAGAUGCUUCAUAUGGAGAGGCAACGAAAGAAGCGUUUCAACGAGGAAGAGCUCAAAAUACUCGUGCGUGAAGUGCAAGCUCGACGACCUGGCCCUGGCUACACCCGUGUUGCACAGGCCGCAUGGGAAGAUAUUGCAGCAAAGGUGAGCACUUCUUCGUUUGGAUACCUCAGAACCGGGAUGCAGUGUAAAAAGCGAUACAAUGACCUGAUGCGCAGACAACCCUGUUAUAUCAAGAAGGGUCCUGGGUCAAAGAGGAAGCGAGUGAACAGGCAGACAGAAGCAAAACUUCACCAUCCAACAGAAGAGGAGGAGCCUUUCCUCUCAGUCCGAACAAAACGUUAUAAAUUUGAGUUUGUGGAUGGAGAAGGACCCAUUGCAUUACAAGCGUUUCAGAAUGAAGUUGGUUCCCAAUGCAUUGGGGUGGAGCUGGACAGUCCCUCGACUAACCACCUGGUUGAUGGUCAACAGACUCUGGACGCUGCAGCAUCGUCUGAGGCCAGCAGAGUCCCUCCACCCCAGACACACACGCCUGCCACUUCACCCAGGCCCACUUUACCCCAAACCAACCUCCAACCCCGGGUGAACGUAGUGAGAUUGAACCUUGAAACUGGUACCCAGGUCAGCACACCUCAAGUGACUGGAACUGUCCACAUCCCUCAGUCUCAGGGCACCCUUCCACCCCAAACCAAUACACACCCGGUCACUGUUCAACCCCGGGCUGAUGGUUUGCUUCAAGGUUAUGCUCCAUUCCAUGUAAACAUACCCCAAGUAGUGCCACUGCCACAGCAGACUACUCUACCCCAAGCCAACAUAUCACAGGCCUAUAUAACCCAAGCGAACCAAUCAAAGGCUACUCUAGCCCAAGCCAACCUAUCACAGGCCUAUAUACCCCAAGCAAACCAAUCACAGGACUAUAUGCCCCAGUCCACUGUGCAGCCUCAGACGAACAUACCCCAAGUGAACCAACCUACGGUCCACAUUCCUUUGAUUGAGGUCCAACCACACAUGCAGGUCCAGCUACCUCCUCAGGACCUGGCAGCACUGGUCCAGGUGCAUCGCCAAGGUUACGACAUGUUACAGAGGGAGCUGGUCAGUAUGAGGAGCAGCAUGGAGAGAGUGCUGCAGCCCUUGCUGUCAUCCAUCAACAACAACCUGGAAAGACUGGUUAAUGCUGUUGAACACCUCUCUGGGGUUGAGAACACACCUCAGACCAACAGUGUUGUCCAUGGUCAUCAUGAUGCUCCCUCCUGACCUUGUUAGGUUAUGUUCACCAUCUAUCUGAGAGUAGGACAGGAUGUGUUCAGGUGGAUGCAGAGCUCCUGUUUAAAGACUCUUUAUACUAUUUCAAAUGUCUACCAUCCAGGUAGAGAUGGACUAAAAACAUUGAGUAAAGUUCUGUGCAGUAAAUGUAACUCUAGGAAUUUUUGUAUUGUACAUGCAGGUCCAUUUUGUUAUCAGAGAUAUGUUUCUCUUGUCGAUGACUGUAAAUACUAUAUGCUCCCUUUUCUCAGUAAUCUUUUUUUGUUCAAGGUGCCUAAAGCCUCUAUGGACCUCCUGUUGAGUUCUGAAAUAAAAUGUAUUUUCAAAAAAAG